AGUGGCGCCUCCCGGGACCUGCGCGCGGGACGUCGCCAUGGCCGGCCGAGCUCACGUUGGUGCGAGCGCCCUGCUUGCGGCUCUGCUAGCGCCUGCGCUCUUAUCGCUGCUGGUGUCGCCAGCGCGGAGCUACGGCGGCCAGAACCACGGCGACUGGGAGAAACCCCCGCUGAUGCCGCCGCUGCCUCCCCGCGAGGACGCGGCGCGCGUGGCCCGCUUCGUGACGCACGUCAGCGACUGGGGCUCGCUGGCCACCAUCUCGGCGCUGGAGGCGGUGCGCGGCCAGCCCUUCGCGGACGUGCUCUCGCUCAGCGACGGGCCCCCGGGCGCAGGGAGCGGCGUGCCCUACUUCUACCUGUCCCCCUUGCAGCUCUCCGCCCGCAACCUGGAGGCGAAUCCACAUGCCUCACUGACCAUGUCUUUGGCACAGACUGACUUCUGUAAGAAACAUGUAUUUGAUCCCCAGAGUCCCCUGUGUGUUCACAUAAUGCUUUCGGGAACGCUGACCAAGGUGAAUGAAACAGAAACGGACUUGGCAAAACAGUCAUUAUUCACUCGUCACCCCGAGAUGAAAACAUGGCCUUCCAGCCAUAACUGGUUCUUCGCGAAGUUGAAUAUAACCAAUAUCUGGGUUUUGGACUACUUUGGUGGAGCCAAAAUCGUGACACCUGAAGAAUAUUAUAAUGUCACAGUUCAGUGAAGCACCGUGGGACUUGAACCUCAGGCGUGGUUUCUCAGGCCGGCUCAUGCAUACCGCAAGGGCUUAACUUCUCAUGGGCAUCUCCCAGAGUGUUGGUCACUUUUCUGUCUUAUGCUGGUUGGUUUUCUUGCUUGCUUACAAAAUAACGUUGGACCUGUACUGGAGUUCCUGGAAAAUGUGGGUCUCUCCCCGCUGCAUGUUUUGAAGCCAUUUGCAUAGAGAAAUCUCUUUUAUUAUAAUCAAAGAAGUUUUGUUUUAUGAAUUGAAUUAUUUUUCCAGUGGUGUUCCGUGAAGAGUGAGUACCAGCUUUAGGUCACCCGUUGGCUGUUGGAGGUGCCUGGUCCCUGGUGAUACCGUGCUCGCCCUCCUGGCCCCAGCUGCCCCAGAGUGGCAGGACUGUGGGGUGGAGGGUGGACGGCGGGCCCUGGGGGAAACGGGAUGCUUCCUGCUCCUGUCCCUGCCUUGUCAGGCAGUCCUGUUAUUAUUGAUCCAACAGAAGGCAAAACUAUUUCUUAGAGGGACCUUCCUGGGCUUUUUACGUUCUAACACAGGGCAUUCAGAAAGCUCACUGUGUAAUCAGCUUCUUCCAUUCAAAGCAUACACGUGCACUGUUUUUCUUUUUUGCCCCAAAAUGGGAUUGCAAAGGAAAGAGGACAGGGGUUUUGCAUAUUUCUGAUAUUCUGUUCCAAGUGGAAGUAUGGACCAGCUUCAGCCAGAGCCCAAAUUCCCCCUCUUCGACUGCCCUCCACAGCUUUUUAAAUGUGAACACUCUCAAAUGUGACCUCAGCCUUCAACUGCACUAAAUCUACAUAGCUCCUAAUGCUGCUGCCUAAAUCAGGUCAUCUGCGAGAAGAUAACGUGGCAGUAAAAAAAGCGCAUUUCAGAAGAGAAGGUACUCUAGUUUAAUACCUAUGUACAUGAUUUGAAGAUGUAUGAGAUUCCUUUCAAAGAAGUGUUGAGAAUUAAACCACUGAAUCCUUAAAUGGAAAAGAGAAAAGAAAUCAAAUAUGACAUCAUGCUUGAGAACAAAAGGAUAAACUUAAGUUUAAGAAAAAUGAUGUACAUGAAACAGUGAAAUACACCUCUGAUUCAAAGCAUCAAUAAUUCCAUGAUAAAUGUAUUCAUUCCGUAUCACAGAUACACACUAAUGUAUAAAAAAGGAUCAGUAAUUAAAGGCACUGAAGAAAACA